AUUAAGAAAAAUCACCCAUCACCAAGACUUGAUGAACAUUGGCGAAUGGCUGCAAAAUCGCCUAAACUCUCACUGGCCUGUACCAUUCUCAUCUUGUCGCACAAACUCUCAUUUGCAUCCGCUUCAUGUUUCACAUCUAUAAUCAGCUUCGGGGACUCAAUCGCAGACACUGGAAACGCACCUUACCUAUCGCCGGAAUCAGGCCGCCCACCGUUCUACACGUUGCCUCCCUAUGGCGAAACAUUCUUUAAUCAUCCCACCGGACGCUGCUCUGAUGGCCGUCUCAUUAUUGAUUUCAUUGCUGAAGAGUUUGAGCUUCCGUUCGUUGCGCCAUUUCUUCAAGGGGGAAGAAACGGUAACGUCAACAGCACUAGUUUUCGUGACGGCGCGAAUUUUGCGGUGGUCGGAGCCACCGCGCUGGAGGAUUCAUUUUUCGACGAAAGGGGAGUCACCGUUCCUCUUGCAAAUGUGUCUCUGGUGGCUCAGUUACGCUGGUUCAACCAAUUCCUCUCCAAAAUUUGUCCUACUACUUCUUCAGCAGAUUGUAAAGGAUUUAUUGAGACAUCUUUGGUUCUUGUUGGAGAAAUCGGUGGUAAUGACUAUAAUCAUGCACUCCUUGGAGGGAUCAAGGAAGCAGAAGUUCGAUCAUUUGUUCCUCACGUUGUCAACAUAAUUGGUUCCGCUAUAACUGAACUUAUCAAUCUUGGGGCGGUGACACUAAUGGUACCAGGGAAUUUUCCCAUCGGAUGCUCGUCUGCUUAUCUUACAUAUUUCCUGAGUGAAAACCAAGACGACUACGAACCCGCGACCGGUUGCAUUAAAUGGCUAAAUAGGUUUGCCCAAUACCACAAUGACUUGCUCAAAAAGGAACUUGCCCGAAUCCGAGAACUUCAUCCUCAUACCACCAUCAUUUAUGCUGAUUAUUACAACGCUGUUAUGGACCUCUAUCGUUCUCCAAUCGAGCAUGGAUUUGCAGGAGGAGCUCUUGGGGCAUGCUGUGGGGGAGGGGGGCCAUACAAUUGUAACUUGACGGUGCACUGCGGAUAUCCUCCAUCAAACACUUGCGACGACCCAUCUUUGUAUGUGAAUUGGGAUGGUAUGCACUUCACGGAGGCUGCCUACAAAUGGAUAGCUUUGGGUUUACUCAAAGGCCCCUACACUACACCUCCCCUCUCAACAGUUUGUCCUGCCCUAAUUUCCUCAUCGCAUGGACGACUCUAUCAUCCGAUGUAGCAACAAAUGAUGGAAAUUACGGCAUGUCCAGGGGGGGUUAAGCGUAAUUACACAGCUUCUUCCUGCUGCAUUAUGAAAGUUAGAUUCAGCUAAUUGUAGGACACUCGCCAUCAAUUUUAGAAACUUACCUUGUUAUUUUUAUUUUGUACCAGUUACUAAUUAGCACGUACGUGGUUAUAUUUCUAUGGUAUGCA